AUGGCCUCAGUUGCAGUAUCUACCCCUUUCAAGUCCCACACCGGGCUCUUCUCCUCUCGAACCGCUGGCGGUCGUAUGCCCCUGACUCCUUCUCCUCGCCAACGCCAAGCCACAUCCACAGUGAACCUGGACUCGUCCCCCUUCACACCCACUGAGAGAAAGACAAGCAUAUCCAGCAAGUCCGUGUACGGGGGCAACCUAUCUUCCCGCUUGGCCAAGGCUUCUACAAGAUCUCAUCGAGACUCGCCCAAGUCUAAUAUCGCCCAUGGUGUCUCCACUCCCCGCAAGGUUCUCGAGCUCGGUGUCUCGGACUUCGCCCUGGUUGGCACCGGCAACACCAAGGAACCUGCCAGCUCCAGAAAGGUGCAGCCGAGGAAGAAGUCUGAGAAGACCACCCUCACAUACGCUGCGGAUCGUUUUAUCCCAAACCGCAGCAACAGUUCCGCCAUCGCCAACGUCGGCUCCGGCAAGCUUGACGUUCAAGAAAAGCAACGUUCCAAGAACAGCAACACAGAGAGCUCCGCAGUCCUUUCCUCGGCAGCAGAUGAUGCCAUUGCCGCCCUUGAGGGCCUCAACAUCAACGAUGACGAUGCCGCCACAUACUCAAAGCCGUCGCCAAACAGCGUCGCUUACCAAGACUCGCUAGCUAGCGCUUGCGGCGUGAACUUGAGCACUCGUAUCCUCCAGUUUAAGCCGGCUCCUCCGGAGUCCUCCAAGCCCAUCGAUCUGCGCCAACAGUACAACCGCCCGCUCAAGAACGCCACCAGCUCAGCUCAGUUCCGUCGCCGAGUUGCUACGGCCCCUGAGCGUGUGCUGGACGCCCCUGGUCUCAUUGAUGAUUACUACUUGAACCUGCUUGACUGGAGCUCAGGUAACCAGGUCGCUAUCGGCCUUGAGCGUAAUGUCUACGUCUGGUCUGCUGAUGAGGGUAGCGUCAGCUGCCUGUUGGAGACCAGCGCCGACACCUAUGUCAGCAGCGUCAAGUGGUCCGGCGAUGGCGCCUACGUCAGCGUCGGUCUCGGAACUGGUGAGGUCCAGAUCUGGGAUGUUGCCGAGGGCCAGAAGAUCCGCAGCAUGUUCGGCCACGAUACCCGUGUUGGUGUCAUGGGCUGGAACAAGCACCUCCUUUCCACUGGCGCCCGAAGCGGUCUAGUCUUCAACCACGAUGUUCGCAUUGCCGAGCACAAGAUUGCCGAGCUCGUCUCUCACACCUCCGAGGUCUGUGGUCUUGAGUGGCGCGCCGAUGGUGCGCAGCUCGCCACUGGCGGCAACGACAACUUGGUCUCUAUCUGGGACGCCCGUUCCUUGGCUGUCCCCAAGUUCACCAAGACUAACCACAAGGCCGCCGUCAAGGCUCUUGCCUGGUGCCCCUGGAACGCCAACCUCCUCGCAACUGGUGGUGGUUCCUACGACCGCCACAUCCACUUCUGGAACACCACCUCUGGCGCCAGGGUCAACAGCAUUGACACCGGUUCUCAGGUCACCAGCUUGCGCUGGAGCACGACUUACAAAGAGAUCGUCAGCUCGAGCGGCUUCCCUGACAACUCCCUCAGCAUCUGGAGCUACCCUACACUCGUUCGCAACGUCGAGAUCCCUGCCCACGAGAGCCGUGUCCUCCACAGCUGCCUCAGCCCCGACGGCCAAAUGCUUGCAACUGCUGCUGCCGACGAGAGCUUGAAGUUCUGGAAGGUGUUUGAGAAGAAGGCCGGUGCCUCUGCCGGUGUUGGCACAAGUGGUUCCACCAGCAAGGCCCAGAUGACCAAGCAAAUGACUAUCCGCUAA